UAAUAAUAAUAAUAAUAAUAACCAGUAAUCAGAAUUCAGAAUUGAGGUUUACAAUUACACAAUUGUCUUGCUCUGUCUUCUGUCUGUCAAGUAAAUAGUCAAUAGCUUGGCUGAUUGUUAAUUGUUAGUGAGUAAAUUUGAUUUGAUUAAAUUCAAUUAAGUUAAGAUUGUAUAAUGUCGACAAUAUCAGCAUCUGAAGCUCCUCAUCUACAGCAAAUCGAUCUAACUAAAUUAAGUUUGCAACAAUUAACCUUAUUGAAGCAGCAAUUGGACAAGGAGCUAAAUGUCUUUCAAGACUCAUUGCAAACUUUAAAAAUUGCUCAGAGUAAAUUUCAAGAGUCUGGUUUUUGUCUUGAUAAAGUAACACCCGAAGCCAAAGGCAAAGAGAUUCUGGUUCCACUGACUGAGUCGAUGUACGUGCCAGGACGGAUAUCGGACACGGAAAACGUGCUCGUUGAUAUUGGAACAGGAUAUUUUGUUGAAAAAAAUGUCGAUGAUGCUAAAAAUUAUUUUGCAAGACGUGUCGCUUACGUCACUGAGCAAAUGGAAAAAAUUCAGGUCCUAGGGAUGGAGAAAAGUAAAAUCCGAGAUGCCACUAUCGAUGUCAUGGGCAUGAAAAUUCAAGGACAGAUGCAAAAAGAGUCUGCUUAAUUUUAAUUGAUCUAGAUUUACGUCUUUAUAUUUAAUCAAUAAAUAAUCAAUCAUUUAAUUAAAUAA